AUGGCCUUCAACUUCGGGGCUCCCGCGGGCGGCACGGCCACGGCCGCCACCGCCGCCGCCCCCGCGGGUACGUUUGGAGGGUUUGGGACGACCACCACAACAGCGAGUUCUGCAUUCAGCUUUUCUGCUCCCAGUAACACAGGCACAAGUGGUCUCUUUGGUGCUACUCAGAACAAAGGUUUUGGGUUUGGUACUACUGGUUUUGGCACCACUACAGGAACCGGUACUGGUUUGGGAACCGGGCUAGGAUUUGGGACAUUCAAUACACAGCCGACUCAAAGUACUUUAGGUGGCCUCUUCAGUCAGCCUGCCCAACCCCCUGUCCAGUCUAACCAGCUGAUCAAUACAGCAAGUGCUCUUUCUGCCCCAACACUACUGGGAGACGAGAGAGAUGCGAUUUUGGCGAAAUGGAAUCAGCUCCAGGCCUUCUGGGGAACGGGCAAAGGCUACUUCAACAAUAACAUUCCACCUGUGGAGUUCACCCAGGAAAAUCCCUUCUGUAGAUUUAAGGCGGUGGGUUACAGCUGCAUGCCCAACAAUAAGGAUGAAGAUGGCCUGGUGGUUUUAAUUUUCAACAGGAAGGAAGCAGACAUCCGAAGCCAGCAACAACAGCUAAUAGAAUCCUUCCAUAAAAUUUUGGGAGGAAACCAGACCCUUACUGUCAAUGUAGAAGGCGUGAAAACGUUGCCAGAUGACCAGACAGAAGUUGUUAUAUAUGUUGUUGAACGUUCUCCAAAUGGCACAUCACGCCGAGUUCCAGCUACGACGCUAUAUGCCCAUUUUGAACAAGCGAAUAUCAAAACUUCGUUACAGCAACUUGGAGUUACCCUUUCUAUGACUAGAACAGAGCUCUCCCCCGCCCAGAUCAAGCAGCUUUUACAGAAUCCUCCUGCUGGUGUUGAUCCAAUUAUCUGGGAACAGGCCAAAGUGGAUAAUCCUGAUUCUGAAAAGCUAAUUCCUGUGCCGAUGGUGGGUUUCAAAGAACUGCUCCGAAGACUGAAGGUCCAGGAUCAGAUGACUAAGCAGCAUCAGACCAGAUUAGAUAUUAUAUCUGAAGAUAUCAGUGAGUUACAGAAGAAUCAGACCACCACUUUGGCUAAAAUAGCGCAAUAUAAGAGGAAACUCAUGGAGCUUUCCCAUAGGACCUUGCAGGUCCUGAUUAAGCAGGAAAUCCAGAGGAAGAGCGGCUAUGCCAUCCAGGCUGAUGAGGAGCAGCUGCGAGUGCAGCUUGAUACCAUUCAGUGUGAACUCAAUGCACCUACACAGUUCAAGGGUCGCCUGAAUGAGUUGAUGUCCCAGAUCAGGAUGCAGAAUCACUUUGGAGCUGUGAAAUCUGAAGAGCGGUAUUACGUAGAUGCGGAUCUUCUGCGGGAAAUCAAGCAGCAUUUGAAACAACAGCAGGAAGGCCUCAGCCACUUGAUUAGCAUCAUCAAAGAUGAUCUGGAGGACAUCAAGUUGAUAGAACACGGGUUGAAUGAGAAUGUCCACAUCAGAGGAGGCGUCUUCAGCUGACGCUGCACAGCCUUCUGUCUGUCGGGUGUGGGAAUUGACAAGUUAUUGACAAAUUAUUGUUUAUAAAUUUUGAAAUAGCAUAGCUAUCUCAACGGCUUUUCAAAUUUGACCUUUGAAAGGUUUGUACCUAAAAACUAUUUACUUUAAAAUGAAGAAAGGUUCUAAUUACCAAUAAGAUAUGUACUAUUGUACAUUUUACAACAACAUUGUUGAAAAAUCAGUGUUUGAAGAUUAAUCUCCAUUGAGCCUUUACUAUGCUUUUUCACAGCCAAUAAAAAUAUGAAAACAAGUGAAUUUUGCAAUACAAAAUAACUGAAGGAUAACCAGGCUGUUGCAAAUCUGUACGUUGUAGAGUAAAUGUGUGUCAGUUUUUCUAUUUGUGUAUGCCAUCUUUGGGAAGAGUGAAGAAAAAUCUGAAGAGUUCUUAGUCAUUGGUGUUUUCUUUUGGGGACUACAAGGGUUUGAAAGCUAUUUUUAUAUGGUUUUACUUAUUUGCAAAAUGAGCCCAAGCCCUUGAACAAGAAUUACUUGUCUAUUUGACAACAUUGUCCUUUAUUUUUUUUUCCUUUUUAUUUCUGUAAAAGAUGGAAACUUCUUAUAAAUAAAUUCUUGCUUUGUGAUAACUUUAAUAUAA